ACAUACUUACUUACUGUGGGCUUACUUAGUUACUAGCAAGGUAAAACAUUGUGCCACGAAAGCUAGGACGUCACAAAUCUCCAUGGAGAUUAUGGAGAUUAACUAUUCCUAGAUCAACAAUCCUUUGUUCCCAAGGAUCUAAGUUGGUGAGAGUCGUAACCGAGGAAACCCAAAACCUACUACAGGUUGUCGCCUGUCGCUUUGUACCUUUCAGUUUUGUCCCGAAGCACGUAGUAAUCAUGGUUACAAACGGGGCUGUCCUAUACGUGUGAUACGCCAUUAACUAGACAAGCUUAACAACUGUUACAAUGCUUUCAUUUUGAAGAGAAAAAAUAACGACAGGUGAUUUUAUCACAUGAGCCAACGUUAUAAAUAGAUCUUUCAAUAAACACAAUGUCAAAGUACACUUGAUCGUUACAUAUCGAUUAGCUAUCCAGACGGGAACAAUGAAACGUCCCUAUGUGUUAAGAGAUUUGGUGAACAAAAGCUUUGUGGACGUGAGAGGCCAGGUGCUUAGGUUAAAGAGCCUACACAAGUAUUUGCGCAUGACACAGGCACGGGGACUCGAAGACACAACAACUGUUGUGGUAGGAAUUAGCCAUGGGGCUAGUGUGCAGCACGGGGGGUGACCUGGCCGUGCCGGGGUCUGUGAUAGGGUGUCCCAUAUGCGACAACAGGCCGUCCGAACAGGCAACGUGGGCAGGGCAGAUACCGCUGACACAGGACAGGCUGCGUCACUUGGCCAGGUGGAACGAACAGGCUCCUUUCUUCACCACAUUUGAAGGGUUAGUCGAUUACCUGACGGGCCAGACCGCCAGCGAUAUUGAGCGGUUCUGGGUUCUAUUCCACUGGAUUCAGCUUGAAUGUCGUCGUCAGCAAACACACAAACCAACCACCGAGGACUCCCCAUGGGGGUUUCUGAGGGCGGUUCAGAACGGGACGAGGUCACACGCAGAGCUGUACAAGAAAUUAUGCAGGACAGCCGGUUUAAGGUGUAAAACCGUGACUGGCCUUUGCAAGUCCAUCGGCGACACAUCUUUUGAAGCAUCUGUGAAUGAAGGUACAUACAAGUCAUCGUGGAAUGAGGUAACCAUAAAUGGAAGACGCUCAUUGGUGGACUGUAGACUCGAACUAGACUUUGAGCAAAUUCGAAUCCCGCCAUUUUACUUCUUGGCCCAGCCGACCCAUUUUGCCGCCGCACACUAUCCCGACAACAAGUCAUAUCAGCUGCUAGAGGUGAACGUCACAUUGGAACAGUUUCAAGGUCACGUCGCCUGUUUUCCCGCCUUUUUUGACCUAGACAAAGAUUCGAUAGAGCACCAUUCAGCGGACGUCAGAACAAACGACGGUGUAGCUGUUCUGAAGUUCGGAGCUAACAAACCGGUGAAAUGCUGCCUCCAGACCUUGAACAGAAUCACAGUUCAAAGGAAAUUCGACCUCAGCAGACAUAUAAAAACAGAAUCAAAGGCUUCUCUAGAUAGCCCAACGGUGACCGUUGUCGUUAGACCGCCAUUUGCCGGGCGGUUUAGUCUGAAGGUUUCGGUACAAGAUGAAAAGAGUGACACAUCACUGCCAGUGUGUAUGUACACUAUAGUGUGCGGAGAGACAGCCGCAGACUGCUCGCCAUUUGAAAAUGACACAGCUGAGUCCCAUCAAAGGAAAAAGAAAAACCGCACCUCGACAAGUUCACAAGAUGGGCGGCACCAACCGGCCAAGCCAAACAGGCCGUCCUCAAUCAGUUGGUCGGACGAACCAGUGACAUCCCCGCAGGGAAGUCGAUCUGUAAGAAAGAGACCACAUAAAGACGAACAUUCCGAAGUAGUGUCAGGAGUUUCUCGGGGCGAAAACGCGCCCUCCGUACAGAUAGACGCUGACUACCCGAAAACGUACAAGGCAUGGACGGGACACUGCGUCCUACACAGACCUAGAGCGAGGUCGCUGUCGAAGGGCGCUUUGGUCAAGUUCAAACUUGCAGUACCGCACAUGACUCGCAUGGUGGUGCUUCUGCCUCACUCUGAGGAUGGCCAUGGUUACAAGACAGUUUCGUUGAAGUCUAGAGAUGGAGGAACCACGUGGAAGGGGAAGGCUAUGAUUCCUGACAGGAACGACGCGGAAAGACGUUACGUGUUUGUGGUGGGGACGCCCAAAGACACAAACGAGGGGCAAUACCUACUGGAGUACGAUAUAGGAGACAGGAACCCUCCGGAGGGGGAGUCUAUGGAGGAUCACGGCAGCGUCGAUCUGAAACUAGAUGACCUGCAAGAUUCCCGCCUUAAGCCCCUCCCGGACGGUUUCACCUAUCACGUCAUGAUCAGCUAUUCAUGGGCGCAGCAGGAGGUCAUUCUCAUGGUCAAAGAACACCUCAACAAAGAUGGCUACAGGGUGUGGCUAGACAAGGACGAGAUGAGCGGGACGAUGCUGGAGUCCAUGGCCCGGGGGGUCAGGUCGUCUGCCAUCGUCAUCAUCGCCGUUUCCGAGGACUACGUCGCCAGUGACAACUGCAAAAGAGAAGCCAACUUUGCCCGGGAUAAAAAGAGAGAAAUCAUCCCUUUGAAGAUGACGACGUACUAUCCCGACAACUGGCUGGGCAUGCUGAUCUCUGGGAAGUAUUACGUCGACUUCUCUUCGCCUGGACCUCUCAGUGAUAAACUCAAGGACUUGGAGUUCCAGAUUGAGGACAGGUUGAAAAAAAUUGGUUCGAUGAACUAUGAAGUAUCAUGAAAAAAAUCUUCAUUGACAGAAAAAAAAGUACAGCGACUUUCGAAGUCUCUUCUACAAUCAAACAAACAAACAAGCAUAUACACAAGAACUUACAUAGAAGUACUGGUAUAUGGUUAAAUCAACAUGUUGGGUUUGACGAGUAUAUCGUACAACGACUGUAUAGUUAUGUACAUUCUUUGAUUCAUUUUCCUAUUUGCCACAGUAAUUGUUAUCUCCUCCUAGAAUGUACUUGAAUUUAUUUAUAGGAUGGAAUGUAUUAAAUUCUUUUGAAAAAGCGGAAAGAAAUGUUAAC